AAACCAGGGGCAAGACAUUUUUCAUCAACAGAAGUAAAUAAAUCGAAAAAACAGUUUAUUAAAUCUGAAGUGAAUUAUUGUAUCUUAAGAUGUGCCUGGAAAUGUCACAAGCACCAGAUAAGACUUCAAACGAUGUGUCUCAAAUAAGAAAUUCUCAAGAGCUCAGAACAAAUUUAUUAAAUAUUUCAAAUAUAUUAAAUACUGGAUUAUCAGCAGAAACAUUGGAUAUAUGCAUACAGCUAUGCGAAGCAGGCGUUCAUCCACAAGCACUUGCCAAUGUCAUUCAACAAAUCAGACGAGAAGUUGCUCAAAUCCAACAAUCAAGCCAAAAUGGAACUAAUAACACUAAUGAAUAAGAUCCAGUAAAGUCUCUUUCUUGUUAAUUAAUGCACAUAACGCUUAUCUCAUUAGUUUUA